AUGGACUGGCUGAAGUACCUGCCGCUGCGCAGAGCGGCCAAGGCUACGGUGUUUGAAAAUGCUUCUAUUUGUGACAGAAUCGCUCGUCCUGAGGAAAAAUUUCUUAAAGCAAGAGAGGAAACAAGAUGCUUGCUGAAGAAGGCGCUUCACGCUCUACCUGAAGGGGGCCCCCCGCAGCCCGCAGCUCCUUCCCAUGGCUCCAGCUUGCCCCGGGCUUAUGGUGCAGCCAGCUCUGUGGGAACUAGCCAGGGAGCCGGGCCCAGCACUGGGGCCGAGGAGCCAUUUGGGAAGAAAUCCAAAAAGGAGAAGAAAGAAAAGGGCAAAGAGAACAGCACACUGGAAGCACUAGAGGAAACAUCCAAGAAAAAGAAAAUGGAGGGAGGUGCUGGCAAGCUGGUUCGGCCCAUUGCCCCGGAUCCUUCAGGAUGGCCUGUGUUCCCCAUCGGACUAGGGGGUCUAACAGUAUAUAGCCUUGGGGAGAUCAUCACCAACUAACCUGGCUUCCAUGAUGAGAGUGCCAUCUACGCUGUGGGCUACUGCAGUACCCGAGUGUGUGCCAGCAAGAAGUGCCCAGAGCAGAAGUGUCUGUACACCUGUCAGAUCAAGGAUGAUGGUGUGCAGCCUCAGUUUGAAAUUGUCCCUGAAGAUGACCCCCAGACCACCAUCGUCGGCUCUUCUGCAGACGCUUGUUACGAAGAACUGCUCAGGGCCAUCAGUGCUACAGCGGGGAAACCGCUGCCUAACCCACUUUCAUGUGGUGCCGACUUCUUUGGGUUUCCUCAUCCAACCAUCCACAACCUGAUUCAGAGUUGUCCAGAAGCCCCAAACUGUGUCAAUUACCAGUGGGUGAAAUUCGAUGCAGGCAGACCCAGGAAGGGGCAGCUCUCCCAGGAAUUACCAGACCUUGAAGCCUUUCAGACACAGACAUUUGAUGAUGACCAUGAUGACUCCAUUCUGCCAGGAUCCCUGGGCCUACCUGAACGUCACCAUGAGGGCUUUGUGUCGUCUUACCAGCCUGAGUUCCUGACACUUGAGCCCGUGGUAGACACUGACCCGCAGCACCUGAAGUCUCCCUCACAGCCCGAGUCUGGCUUCAGACUGAACAGGAAUUUAAAACUUACUCUGUGGAAGAAGGCAGCUGCUGAGGAGCAGGGGGCACUAAGGUGUUUCAUCGUGAUGUUCCUGUGCUCACCCUGGGACGUGUGUUGGUGUAAAGAGUGCGGGCACCGCCGUGUUGCUGUUGAUUUCAGACGUGUGUUGGUGUUUGUAAAGAGAGCGGGCACCGCCAUGUUGCUGUUGAUUUCAGACGUGUGUUGGUGUAAAGAGAGCGGGCACCGCCGUGUUGCUGUUGAUUUCAGACGUGUGUUGGUGUAA